AUGAGCCACCAAUUGACCGGGAUUCAAGAGUUCCUCUACGAGAUUUGCAUUCCGGCCAUCGUCAUCCUUUGUGUUCUCGCCGCGCUUUUCAAUAUUUUGAUCUUCGUCAGUCGCUUCUACGUGAAGACUCGGUCAUCAUCACUUGAAUUGACCUACUCAUUGGCCCUAUCCGACACAUGGACAUCAACAAUUAUUGCGGGUUCUCUCUUUUGGAACAGCUAUAAGCCGGUUGUUUUGGGGAUUCGACAUGAGUCAUUUUGUUUCCCGCUAACGAUGGAGGCAUUUCGCACCGGUGGCUUGUUGACAGGAUGUUUUCAUUUGGCCGCACUUGGCUUCGUUCACUAUUUGACGAUUGUGCGCCCGUUCGAUCAUGUGAAAUUCAUGAACAUUCGACUCACUCAAACAUUGAUCAUCAUCAUUUGGUCAGUGCCACCCCUAUUGCUCAUCGUUUACUUCUCCUCACACGCAAAUCAAGGAUAUCGAAACGAGCGUUGCAUGGGUGCUUCUUUCUAUGAGGCGCUCUAUUUUCGAGCGUUCGUCUCAUUGGUGAUCAUCGUUUUAAUUAUGAUCACGUGCGCUCUCUAUUGGAAUAUGUUAAGGAAAAUUUCGUCGGUGAGAACAAAGACCGGUACAGCGAAUCCUCGUGGCCGGCGAACAGUCGUAACAGCCGUCUUGAUAUUCGGCACAUUUCUCAUAGGAUGGUUGCCAGCAUCAAUCAUGUUCAUUCUCACGGCAAAGGGAAUGCCUCUCCACGGGAACAGCAGUAUCAUCGUAAACAUUCUCUCAAUCGUCGUCCUCGUGAAUAUCAUGGGGAAAACAUUGACAAAUCCAAUAAUUUACGCAACAAGAAUACCCGAAAUUCGGCAGUUCGUUUUGCAACGAGUUUUCUGGCAAAUUCGAACCCAAAGUGUCGUCAGUCGACGAUCCGAGUUGACCCCACUAAAGAAAAGCUCAGGAAAUUGUAAU